AUGACUACCGACUCUGUGUCUGAUGCGAUUCCACAAGAUAUUGUUGGUCCGUACUUAUAUGUCCCUACGGAGUGGAUCUGUGUCCUUUUCGUGGUGUUGUACAGUAUUUCAACUGUCCUCCACAUGAGCCAGGCACUGAAGUAUAGACUAUGGUGGAUGAUCCCCACAGCAAGCUUUGCGGGCGUCAUGGAAAUACUUGGAUGGAGUGCCAGGUUAUGGUCGAGCCAAAACCCCGAGCUUUUGAUGCCUUAUGAGAUACAACUCGUCGGCACGAUAUUAGCACCUACCCUACUAGUCGCAGCGAACUUUAUCAUUCUUGGCAUGAUAAUCACACAAGUUGGACCCCAGUUCAGUCGUCUGGCCCCAAAGAUGUAUACCAUCCUUUUUUGCUCCUUUGAUGUUGUUUGCUUGGUCGUACAAGCUAUCGGAGGCGCAUCCGCUGCGCGCGCCGUUGAUAGGGGGACAAGUCCUACGAAGAGCCAGGGCGGGAACAUUAUGCUAGGAGGAAUUGCUGCCCAGCUUUGUGCUAUAGUGGUCUACGUUACUUUGUCGGCCGAGUUUCUCUUGCGUUUUAAAUAUAAUGCACCCUUCCGUCACGUUGACAAUUGCAUAUGGGAGAAAGGUUCACGUUCUAUGAGCAAGAACUUACGACUUAUGCUUUUUGGAGUGGGAUUCUGCACCCCCUGCAUCUUCAUUCGAUCCGUGUACCGUACUGUGGAGCUCGCCGAUGGAUGGUUUGGGCCAGUGAUUACGACGCAGCGUUACUUCGACUGGCUAGAUGGUGCCCCGAUCACUCUCGCUAUUUACACUCUCAAUUUCAUGCACCCAGGCAUCUGGCUCAAGAGGGAUGAUCCUACUGAUCAUGCUUCAGGGAAAGCCGACGACGAAGAAGCUAGUGAGACUUAG